CAACCGAACCCCUUAAAUUCUCAUGUAAGACUACGAGAAGUUAUUCACAUUUUUUCUAGAUGCAAAACUAUGUACAAACCCUUUUUUAAUACACCGAAAAUCAACAAAUCGAACUUCACUCAUUAUUCCGCGAAUUAAAAAAGGUCCAUAAGCAGGAUCUCCUAUACGGGGUUAGCGUCUUUGAAUUUCUGCGGUCACCUACCCAACCGACAACCAUUCAGAUCUUUCCACACUCUGCAAAAUACCUAUGCACAGCAUUUGAGAAACGAUUCAACACAGCGAAGUUCGAGUAUAUACUGUUACAUGAAUUUCGAAUACCGCGAAUUAACGUGAAGCUUCCUAAACAUAAUUCGCUGAAUCCCUGCCAAGCAUCCACAAUCAUGUCUUCUACUCCCACAUCUCCAGAUCGCGUUAUCUCAUCCAAAGGAAAAGAAAAUGCAGGGCUUACGCUUGCCAUUAUCGGUUGUGGUAAGUAUCACCGUUUCAUUUUCAUUCGGUCUUCUCUCCUCGAGGUAAAUGCUGCCACAGCUAACAGAUGACUCAUCCAUCCCUUGAACAAAUAAGUCACCUGACAUUCAUCUUCUCUAGGCACAAUGGGCACCUCGAUCUUGACUGGUAUUCUUAAUGCCAAAUCCAAAGGCGCUGCUACAGAUUCGAAUAUAAAUACUUUCAUUGCUACAGUGCACACAAUGGCAUCCAUGGAACGCUUGCGCAAACAAUUUUACUCAAGAGAGUCACGUGUUAAUAUCCUUGUUGGAAAUGACGGAGUUUUGCAGGCAAUGCAAAAAGCGGAUAUUGUUCUGCUGGCUUGCAAACCCUAUAUGAUAGAGGGAGUACUUUCAAUACAGGGUGUAAAAGAAGCAUUGGGGGGAAAGCUGGUCAUCAGCGUAGCAGUCGGGACCCCGGUGAUUAAAAUGGCAACAGCGCUUGGAUUUGCGGAGUCUUCCCCGGGAAAGGGGAAAGAAAAGGAAACCAAAGAAAUAACCUUCGUCCGCGCAAUGCCAAAUCUAGCAGCAAGUUUUGGGGAGUCCAACACGGUAGUUGAAAUUUCUCCCUCUAUGCCGCUGACCAGCCAAAACAAAAGUAUCGUACGGUACAUAUUUGGGUGUGUGGGCUCGAUAGUGGAGGUUGGACCUGGACAAUAUGAUGCGGCGAGUGUUUUGGCAGCAGCUAGUAUGGCAUUUUUGACGGUGGCUAUUGAUGGGAUUUUGGAUGGGGGUGUUAAGGAGGGGAUUAAGAGAGCGGAGGGUAGGGAUAUUCUAGUGAGAAGUUUGAAGGGGUUGGUGGGGUUGUUGGAGGGAAAGGGAGGUGAUGAGAAAGAGGGGAAUGCGAAUGGCAAGGGAAGAACGGGCGAUGAGAUUAGGGAAGAGUUUAGCAGUCCAAGGGGAACAACUAUUGAAGGCUUGGUGGGGCUGGAGGAGGAUAGAGUGAGGUAUGCUUAUUGUAGGAGUGUGUUGAGGGCUACCAAGCGGAGUUUGGAGAUGUGAAUUUAGAUGCAAAUUAUUUGAGAGAUGAAAGUGUUAUAGAACGAAUGUUUCCCUCGCCCCUCCGCUCCUUCCUUGAAAUCCACCACUGCUGAUGUUCAGACUGCCAUCCUACCGAAUAUCGUUCCUAGAUUCCUUAUCAAUGCCUAUACCUGUAUUUUAUAAUUCUGGUACCUCCAAUGACUUUAUAAUAUAUGCUAAGAAGCCAAAUAUUCUAGGUAUGGGCAGGCUGUCUAUGCCUGUGGUUAUGUUAAAACUUUUAAAAGAGCCUUUUGGCGUUGGAUAGGAGCAGAGUAGCGCGUUGCACAGUGGGAUUCUCAAAC